GAAGAAGGUUCGAUAGAAUUAGUUUUAGUCAUAGUCUCCCACAUAAAACACCGGUGCAUUGCUGGUCACUUACUCAGUGUACGCGGAUUACCGCAGUUGUAACACGUGCCGCUUAGUUCAGUGAGUACGUACGCCAACGGCCAGAGGGAAAAUAUGGCGUUCAUCAGGAUUGGAUUAUCCGUGCUGUUGAUGUGUGCUCUUGCUCCCGGUGCUUUACGGGCACAACAACCCACCGUAACGGUAUCGGUUGAACGUCACCAGCAGCCGGGACACUUGGAUCGUAGCAAGCUACACUUGCUCAAGCACCAAAAGUUUAGUGAGCGAAGUUCGAGAGUAGCGACGCAAUACCGACUGCCGAACGAUACUAUCCCGGAAAGUUACGUGCUCGAGCUUAGCUCAAACGUUCACGCGGAGGACUUUAGCUACGAUGGUUCCGUUGCCAUACGAGUUCGGGUGCUGCAGACUACUAGAUCGAUUGUGCUUCACUCGUUGUACAGUAAACUGGUGAAGGUGGAGGUUCGUAAUGCCAACCAACUGAAUAUACCUAUCAGUACCGUUGAGGAGGACCCAGCACUUGAAACACUUACCAUUAGGACGGACCAUGAGCUGCAGCGCGGAAUCUAUCAAUUGACGAUACUGUUUGAAAACACGCUUCGAGAUGAUUUCGGUGGUUUUUACCGGACAUCGUACAACAGUGGAAAUGAGGUUCGCUACAGUGCCGUCACGCAGUUUCAGCCGGUGGAUGCCCGUACGGCAUUUCCGUGCUACGAUGAACCUGGUAUAAGGGCUACCUUUACCAUUAGCAUCACAAGUGGUGUUGGCACGAAGGUUUACUCAAACAUGCCGAUCAAAUCGACCACUAUUACCGGUAAUGGACUGAAACAAACGCGCUUCCAUACGACUCCGAGCAUGCCAACCUACCUGGUGGCGUUUGCCAUUACGAACAACUUUGCCAGUACACGUUUGUCUUUGCGCGGACCACCAUCGAGCAUCAACAUGGAACUGAUUGCUCCGCCGACUGUUACCGAUACUGCCCAAACGUACGGUCUUGAUCUGGGCGGCCAAAUCAUCCGUACCGUGGAGCAGUACUUUAAUCAAUCGUACGAUCUGCCCAAGCUCGAUCAGUUGGCAGUACCGGACUUUUACUUUGCCGCGAUGGAAAACUGGGGAUUAGUCAUCUACGAGGAGCGAUAUCUGCUGUACGAUGAAUUGACAAGCACGAACCGUGAUAAGGAAAACGUCAUCGCUACCGUCGUGCAUGAGUUUGUGCAUCAGUUCCUGGGCAAUCUGUUAACUCCCCACUGGUGGUCGGAUUUGUCACUCAGCGAAGGGUUCGCUACCUUCUACGAGUACUAUCUUAGCAGCAUGGUGGAACCAAGCAUUCGAUUCAAGGAGAAAUUUACCGUCGAAGCACUGCAACCUGCGCUGCUGUUCGACUGUGAUAUCAACGUACGCCCCAUUUCGUACAAUGUAGAAACACGGACCGAUAUAGAGCGCAUGUUUGAUAUCAUUUCCUACCAGAAAGGUGGUAGCAUUUUCCGCAUGUUCCACUAUGCGCUCGGUGAGCUGACGUUUGUGAAAGGAAUUCGGCGAUACAUUAGUGUUAACAAAGGUCGUUCGGUCACACCGGAUAUUCUAUUCGAGAGUCUUCAGGUAGCGGCUAGCGAAGAUGCUGUGCUUCCACUUAGUCUCGAUGUCGGUACAAUCAUGAGACCUUGGAUCUUCCAAUCAGGUUAUCCCGUAGUUACGGUAACACUGAGCAACGGUGAACUGACGUUCAUGCAAGAACAUUUCCUGUAUCGUGGAUCGGUGGUCACGAGCGAUCGAACAUGGUGGAUCCCGAUCACAUACCACGUCCACCAAUCCUUUGGGACAGUACAAUCGCAACAGUUCUGGAUGCCACAGGGUACCUCGCAGGUGUCUUUGGAACAAGGCGAUUUAUUGGAUGGUUUUAUUCUAGUGAACCCACAGCAAACUGGCUAUUAUCGUGUUAACUAUGACGAGAAUCUUUGGAUCCGUUUAAUUACUAAGCUGAGCAGUGAUCCAUCGAUCAUUUCUCCGAUUUCACGAGGACAAUUGCUAGAUGACUGUUUCAAACUGUACUACAGUGGACGGGUAGGAGCGAACAUUAUUUACAACCUGCUAACGUAUGCCGAGAACGAGAUUGAUGCCAUACCAUGGAGUGUUGCCUUUGCCAACGAUAAUUUAGGAGUGCUGCAAGGCGCAUUAGUGGUAGAACGCAUGGCAUUUGAGGCGUUUUCUCGUUUUGUUACCGGACUGACAGCGAACGUGUUCAAUGCCGUAGGCUUUGAUGCAUUGCCUUCUGAUGAGCAUGAAACACAGCAGCUACGCAGUGCCGUUAUAGAAUGGAGUUGCCGGUCGGGAUCGAGCGAAUGUCGCACCGAGGCGUUGGCGCGGAUGCUGAACGAUUUGAACGGAUUAGCACCACUGCCCAUGUACUUAAAAUACAGUGUUUACUGUGGAGGUGCAACCAUAGCCUCGCCAGAUGUACUAGAGACACUGUGGGCCAGUUUGCAAUCAGUGAACGAUUACGGCCAACGGCUUAAUGUCAUAGAAGCAUUGGCUUGCUCGGAGAGUGAACAAUUUCUGGACGAUUUCCUAGAUUCAGUCUUUACCAAUCCGAUUGCUGGCGAAUGGGCAAACAUACUCAGGGCUGUUUAUCAGAAAUCAGCCGCUGGAUACGAAGCCUACAAUCGAUGGAUAGCUCGCAAUGCUUUACAAAUUGUGCAAAGCAUCGGUCUGGACCCCGCAUUCACUCAAAUUGUGAAUGAUGUAAAUCAACGACAGUCUGAUAUUCGGAAAUAUGACGAGUUGGUGGAACUCUUCAAGAACUCAUCACCCGGCCAAAGAUAAUAAAAACUAAAAUAAAAUAUUUACAUAAAUUUAUAAAAAAUCAAACUAAAAAUAAUUAUUAUUUUAUUAUUAAUUUUAAAAUUUUCUAUUGCAUUUAAGAAAGUAAAUACGAUAGAAAAUGUAUAUUUCAUUUUGAUCAUGUUUUAUCUGUUGUAUGUAUACUACUUAGCGGCGGAUCUAACGGCAGGCGGUAGCAUGGGGUUCCGCCGAUUUGGGACCCCGUAGAUCGCUACUCUGUAGUAUGCAGUACGUAUAAAAAUGGGCAGAGUACUAGCUAUCGAACUAGCGUCCACCGUUUGUUCUAAUAAUCCCUCCACUUUUCCAUUUCCCUAAUCAACAUAAAUUCGUAGUAAUAGAUACAGGAGCACUACGAGUAUCAGUAAUUACAAAAGUCUCUAUAAAAAAAAGAUGUAACCAGCGCAGUUUGUAUUAGAAUACUCCAAGGUUGUAAACAGGCUUGAAGAAGAAAUAUACCAGUAUGCUCAAAGUCCUUAUAAAAAAAGAAGAUUUAAACAGUCGUUACACGAGAUUUUGCUGCUGCAUCUUAGUAGACUGUUUUCGCUAUAGCAGACGGCGGCCGUAUGACCUUCACGAGUUAUACUUGAUUUAAUAUGUUAGUACAGCCUAAUUUGAAAUAAAUUUUUGAAUUAUUUGAUGCUC